AUGUGGCUGCUCAACGCGCGCACGCGGCGGCUCAAGUUGUUCAUAUCGGACACGCAGGUGCCGCGGUACGCCAUCCUGUCGCACACGUGGGGCGACGACGAGGUGUCGUUCAGCGACUGGCGCACGCUCGGGCCCGACGCCGUGGCCGAAAAGGACGGCUUCACCAAGAUCGACUACUGCUGCAAGCAGGCCGUCGACGACGGGCUGUCGUGGGCGUGGAUCGACACCUGCUGCAUCGACAAGACCAGCAGCGCCGAGCUGUCCGAGGCCAUCAACUCCAUGUUCCGGUGGUACAAAAACGCAUCGGCCUGCUACGCCUACCUGUCCGACGUCGGCACCGUCGCCUCCACGGACCGCGCCCGCAUCGAGCGGCAGCUGGCGCAGAGCCGGUGGUUCACGCGCGGCUGGACGCUACAAGAGCUCCUGGCGCCGCAGAAUUUGGUGCUGCUCUCCAAGGACUGGGUUCCCAUGGGCACCAAGGCCGGGCUGCGCGACGUGCUGAGCUCCAUCACGGGCAUCGAGGACGAGUUCCUGUGCGGCGGCAGCCUCGACGAGGCUAGCGUGGCCAAGCGCAUGUCGUGGGCGGCCACGCGGCAGACGUCGCGGGUCGAGGAUAUAGCCUACUGCCUGAUGGGCAUCUUCGACAUCAACAUGCCGCUGCUCUACGGCGAGGGCAUGAAGGCCUUCCGGCGGCUGCAGGAGGAGAUCAUGCGCAGCAAUCCCCGCGACCACACCCUGUUCGCGUGG